AUGGGUGACUACGGUGCCGAUGGCGUCACGGAGCUCUACCGGGACUCCUGCGUGCUGAUCACCGGUGGCACCGGUUUCAUCGGCAAAGUGUUGCUAGAGAAGCUGCUCCGGUGCUUCGAAGUGCGCAAGGUGUUUCUGAUGAUGCGGCCGAAGCGGAACAAGGGCGUGGUGGAACGGUUCCAGGAGCUGCUCGACGAUGCGAUUUUCGCCAACCUCAGAACGUUGCCCCACAACGGAAAGGAUACACUGCAGAAGGUGGUUCCCAUUGAAGUGGACUUCCAGUCGGAUGCCGUCAUCUCACCGGAGAGCCACCGGCUGCUUGCUGGAGAAGUUCAGAUCGUGUUCAACGUGAUGGCGUCGGUAAAGUUCAACGAAGACAUCGAGACGGCUCUGGACACUAAUGUGCUGUCAUCGCGCAAACUGUUCCAUCUGGUGGAACCGUUCGACGCCCUGCGCUCGAUCGUCCACGUCUCCACGUUCUACUCCAACUGUCACCGGGCGCACAUCGAGGAGCGCAUCUACGAGGAUCUCCCGUUCGGCGGGUUCGAGAACCUGCUCAACAUCCUGCGGUUUCUGAGUGCCGACGAGAAGAACCACCUCAAGCCACUGGUGCUCGGGUCGAUGCCAAACAGUUACACCUUCAGCAAGCGGUGCGCCGAGGUAAUGAUUCGCCAGCAGUUCCAACACCUACCGCUCGCGGUCUUUCGGCCCCCGAUCGUGUCGUCCGCCUACCGGGAACCGUUCCCCGGCUGGGUGGACAAUUUUAAUGGCGCGGCCGGCAUGGCGGUUCCCAUUACGCGCGGUCACAUCUACUGGAUGCGUGGGGAGAAGGAUGCCACCACCGACAUGGUGCCGGUGGACUACUGCGUCAACGCCCUGCUGGCCGUCGGUUGGGAUAAUGCUACGCGCGAUCGGAAGCCUGCCAAGGAGCCGGUUCCGGUGUACAACUACGUCUUCCAGAAGAACCCGAUCCGCAACGGAGACAUUGGCGAGCUGGUGGCCCUCGGUUUGGAUUCACGUCUCAUGCGGAUACUGGGCCGUUACUUUCUGCGAGUGACGUCAUCGGUGUGGGUCCGGCGCCUGCUGAUCGGGUGGCUCCUGUUUCAGGCAACGAUCGUCGAUCUUGUCGGGAUGGCGCUCGGAAGGAGCAAAAAGAACUACACGUUCGUGAAACGCGUGGUGGCCCUCGACGACUCCACCAGCUACUUUCGGUGCCGAUCGUGGACCGCGGACAACGCCAACAUUCGUCGCCUCUGGGACCGGCUGCCGGCGGACACGAAACGGCUGCUGCCGUUCAACGUGGAGUCGAUCGACUGGAGGGACUACUUUCGAUUUUUCGCUCAAGGCGUAUCGGCCGCCGUGCAUCGGUUAACACUUAAACGGUGCGAAUCUUUGCGCGUGUCGAAGCGUACCAAGACAAUGGAAGCGAUCGAUGGAUGCUAA